AUGUUUACAUUUCUUAUACUUUUGACAUACAUCGUAAAUGAUAUCUUUGGGAAACUCUGUCCACCCAUAUUUGGCCAGUUUAAAUGUCCAUUGAACUUCACUUGUGUAAUUAAUGAAUGCUACUCUGACAAUAAUGUAACAGCACCGCUUGAUUGCGAACAAGUGAAAUGCGAUGCUAAUUUCAGGUGCUAUAAGGGGAGAUGUUAUCCAACAACCGGUCUGCCUUGUGAUCGAAAUGUGCAGUUAUCCGAACAUCAGUCCAAAUCUAUAACUUCUAACUGCGGCCUAAAAGGACGAUGCAUCAAUGGUCGAUGUGCUGAAGACAAAUGUUUUGGAGCUAACUGUACCAAGGAUGAAUUAUGUGGUGAUGGAAAAUGUUUGACAGUAAGCAGUACUUUCUGUAUAACUCAUUUCGACUGUGGUCCUACAUUCAAGUGCUAUCAGAACAAAUGCAUACCAUUUAAGAGAAAUUCAAUCUCAUGCAACUGUGAUCCUGGUGAAGUGUGCCAGAAAGGACGUUGUGCACAUGUAAGCUGUCAACCGGGCUCGUUUUGUUUGCAAGGUACAUGUCAAUCAGCUAUCGGUCAAGAUUGCACUUCUACAGCAUGCCAAGGAGGUACAAUUUGUGUAGAGGGACGAUGUAUUCUGGAUCCUUGCACUAAUCGUUGUCCACCGGACCAUGUUUGUCGAGAAGGUCAAUGUAGACAUCUUCAAGGGUUGUUAUGUUAUCGAGAAUGUCCUAAACCCUAUGUGUGCAUCAGUGGGCGCUGCACAAAAAAUGGUAAUAGUGUAUUAGCACGUUUAGACGUCAAAAAUUAUGCUAACAGCGAUGAAGAAAAAAAUUUACUAACUAAUAUUUCAGAAUGUUUUGGGAAAAUUUGCCAACUUGGUGAAAUGUGUCAAUCUGGCCUCUGUAUCAAAGUGGAAGGACGACUGUGCAGUUUGGCGAUACGUGAUUGUGCUGAAGAAUUUGAGUGCAUAGGAAAUACUUGUCGUGAUUUAUUGGUAAAAGCCAAUGUUACUUUACCAUAA